UUUUCUUUCGGAAAAUGGAAAAUUAUCAAUUAAUCCACUCUAAAUUGACCCUACAAUCAGCUGCUUGCCAGCUAGAAAAGGUGCUAAAACUUUCCCAAAGGAGUAGCCGAAAACUGGCGGACAGCGAGCUGGAAUUGAUCAAAAAUCUCUGUAAAGCCGAUAACUGCCGGAUCAGCCAACUGGCCACGGAAACCAUCCUGCUGCUGGCCACGGAUGGGACUGUCGAUCAGGGACAGGUGCUUGGAAUUCUUAUGACCGUACUGCCGACCUCGAAAUCCGCACAGUUUAUCACGAUCGGGAGUGCGAUAUUCGAAUUGCUGCUGCUGGAUCUUCGACGCCGAUGCGCGCUCGCCGGAACCACCGGACGGAGUUACACGUGUCAGUUCGACGUAAAAGCCCCGCAGCAUCCGGUAAUUCAACUUCUGGAGAAAUGUGAAACUGGAUGUAUAAUCAUUUUCCUGGAGAUGAUCUCUUCGACGCUUGAGGGCCACAACAGCGAUCCCGCGAUCCGGGAGAAUUGUGUCGAAUUCCUGCGACCCGUACUGCUACAUCUGUUCGUCAAUGUGCGCUCCUUUCCCGAUUGCUACAAGUUGUGGCGGUUGCUAGUGGCCAAAGCAACGGACGAUCCGAAAGCGCAGGAUCUUCUCUUUGAGAUUUUAGCUUGGCGACGAGACACCAGUGCACCUCAGACGAGCUAUACCGUUUCCCUACUGGUGGAGGGUUUGGACGCUCUGCAAGGAUCGAUCGAUGAUCAUUUGCUAUAUCUACGGCUGGAAGUCGCCAUCAAUCUAGCGGCAAUCUUAAAGGAUUACAUCAGCUUCAAUAACGAUCCUACCAAAUGUCUGAUUGUUCUUCAAGAAGUAUGUGAGGAUGGCUUAAAGCAUGAUCCUGUUCCACAGUGGGACGUUCUGCUAAUGAUAUUGGUCGAUCUACUAACCGUGGUCUCUCCGAUGAAACAGUAUAGAGUGGUGAAGAUCAUAAGCAAUCUGUGUCCAAGAGGUGGCGCAUUCAGUCGCAUGAUGGCAAAGGAGGCCAUGAUUCAAUUGCUCGGUCAACCUUCUUACGCCACACAGCAUCUACCGCUAUGUGAUAAGAUACUUAAAGAUACCUCUGAUGAGCCGGCGAAUCUGCUCCAUCCCAGAAUCCCAAUUAAGACAACGUACUAUCACAGCGAACUAGCCAAGUGGUCAUUGAUUUGCAAAUGGUCUUCAUCUUCUCCAACGGCUUUAGAGGAGUACUUCCGAGACGAUCGUUCGCUGCGUUGCGUGCGAUUCUCCGGUAUUCUCGGUUCCAUGUAUCGUGCCAUAUUUGUAACGACCACAUUCGAUGACGAUGUUUGGCGUGCCAACUUCCGUGCGCUUGUCGCAAUAAUGAAGGGCAACGAUGUACAGGCGACGCAGUGUAUGAUUCCUCUCCUAUACGGACUGGCACAGCAACAGGAUCCUGGCAGAAGACUGCACAUACUUCAAACAUUGGCCGCAACCGGUGCAAAAGAGAACGUGAUCGGUAUACUAAAAGCAAUGACGAAGGAUCUUGAUCGAGCGACUUGUUUGGAUCUAUACCUAAGACUAUGGAAAGCGGAACCGCGCACCUACCCAUUGCUGUACGAUCUACUGAAGGAUACCAGUCGACCACCGGCAAAGGCUGACCUUUGGGAGCACACCGUCACACGAGCGUACACGAUUCGAGAAGUGUGUCUGAUCAAACCGCAACAGCAUGGUGAAGAUCUGGUGAAUCUGUUUUCGGAAAUUUUAAGCAACCCCAAUGAUGCGGACAAUGAGGUCGCUGUGUGUCUUUCACUCGAUGCCAUCUCGAGUCUGUGUGAACAUCAAGUAGUGAACAUUGUCUCUACCUGGAAGGUGCUUGGCUUUCGCUUUGCCGACGAAAGUCGCCCCCGUGUUAUCCGAUCUUUAUGCCGAUUUUUCGCCAACGUUCCUCUGAUUAAGGUAACUUCUCAGGAGCAGGAACGCUUGGUGAAUCACAUAAUUGCCACACUAUGGCACUACGUUACGGACUAUGAUGAUGGAGAGAUCAUUGGUGCUGCACUUGCCACGUUAAAGCAUUUCAAUCCAAACUCGCUAACACUACGCCAGAUACCGGAACUGUUUCGCCAGGGCAUCGCUUUACCCGAACCGAACGCCGAUGAUGGCAAUUCCAGUGCAGACAGUCCAGGUUCCGUACCACCCGAGUGCUGGAUCCAACUUGUGCAGUACACCAAUCUUAGUGCGAUCGAUGCGGCCGGUGAUCUGGUAGCGCACUACAUCGCUCGCGAGAUGGAAACAUUCCGGGGUGGUGUCUAUCAAACUCCGGAAGGAAGGCCUGAGCCUUCAAAUCUCAAAUAUCUUCCCCGUGCUAGCAUACUGUCGACGAUAGUUAACUAUCUAAUCGCACAAAGCACCAAAUUUGCCACAAGUAGUACCAUCAGCGAACAGGUGCUCGUUCAAUUGUUGCGCAUCGUUGCCAAGAAGUACUCGAAACCGAUUCCACCGCUAAAUUGGUGCUUUCUUCACGAGUAUUUUGUGAAUUGCUUCGAAAUGCGUGACUACUGUGUGCAGAUUGCGAUCAAACAAAUGCCUUACUCCGGAACGGCCAAGCGGAUGCUGGAAAAUUAUCUAAACGAACUGUGUGAAACGGUUAUGCUUGAGGAGGAUUUGGUGAAAAUAUUUGCACACAUAGAGGCCAUUACGGAAACGGUCCAAAUGCCGAUCUACAAACGGUUCGUGCAUUUGUCGCUCCAUUUUCUAGCGGAACGCGCGGAAGACAAACGUUUCGGUGAUAGUUCCGCAUUCUUACAAGCGCUUGCACUGGUUGGUAAAGUUUUUGAGAGCAAUUGCAUCAAUGAAAGCAACUUUGAGGUGCUCUCUGAAACGCUAAAAGGAUUCUUCGGACGAUUCGAUCUCGACACCGAGAUAUUCCGAAAGUAUGUUGACGUAUUGGUUCUAUUGCCCCCUAUUCAAUUAGACGACUUCCCUAAUCUAACCGAAGAUGCAUCGUUGAUGGCACUUCAAAAGAAGAUUUACUUCGAGUUUGCCGUCCGGAAACAAAAUCCAACAGUUACGGUGAUGCCAGUCGUUGAAAGUAUUGCCAAGGCUGUAACCAGAAAUAGUGAAGAUUCUCAAAUGCUGAUUGUGUAUUUCCUCGAACAAUUGUAUGAAUUUGUGCAAUGCUUUAACGAGCCAGCGAUCGUUGGCAAACCAUUGAUUAUCUUUGUCGAUGAGCUGAUCAGUAGCACACAGUCGGCACUUGUUUCGAUGGAUCUACAAUCGAUCCGGUUCAUGCUAGACACGUUUAUGAUGAGCGUGAUUAGCUUUUCCGGUUGGGGCACACUAUAUGGUGCCAAUAGCGUCUCCUUUGAUCGAGCUUUGCGGAUGCAGCUGUUUCCUGUAGCUCUAGUGACACUGUUUGAGCAAAACUAUUGGCGAGAAAUCGACAUCAAGAUUUAUGAGGUCCUUUACCAUCUACAUGGCGUGACGACUUUACCGAGCGAUCUGGCACAGUGCUUUAGAAAUACGCUCAUAUGCUGUAAGAAGCAGCCAUACUUCCAGCAGUCCAAAACGUGGCCUAAAUAUGUGUCUAUGAGAAGAAGUUAACUCGAGGACGAUGCUUUCAAUCUUGUUUUUUCCAAUAAACAAUUUAUUUCUUCGUUAA